AUUAAUUCAAUUCCAACAUGGAGGCCAAUCUACGUUUGAACUCUGCGUAAGUACUAUCUCAAAAUUUGAUCUUGAUUUUGCAAUGUACAUUUAUUCUAUUUCAUGCCUUUAUCGAUUAUAAUUCUCUUACGAUGGAUGCUUUGAACAAUUCCACAUAUAUGACUGAAUUUGUCAAGCUGCUAUUUCCCCAAAUUUAGUAGCGAUGACAGCGCCUACAUAGGGAAAUUGCAGAAUUUCUUCAACACCAGCAAGAUCUCCAACGGAGAAAAGGCCGCUUUAUUUCUCCGAAGUUUUCCUGAUGAUGAAUUCAAUAAUAUUGGGGCAAUUUGCACUGAGGAAGACUUCUAGGACCCAACGAACUGCUUGACAAAUUCAAGUUACAACAUCCAUAGAAGAUUGAGAACGCUAAUUUAUCAUUAUUUAAUGCUGAAACACAAGGCAAGGAGGAGACGUUCUCGUCUUGGGUCACGCGUGUAGCACGACUCAACAAAGAAUGUAAAUAUGGCUUUCAGAGAAUUAUUGAGAAAGUGAGAGUAUCUUUGUAUUCCAAAGAUGUCAGGAAAGCGGUCAAGAGCUCUAUGACCAUAAAAGACAUUUACAAUCUAGGUCUAGAGGAAGACACCGCGGACCUAAGUGGCAUCAUGGGCGAGAUGAAAUUGUUACAUUUGAAUGAAUGACCUGGUGUACAAGAGGUCAAUCACAUGGGCAGAGUAAAAAAUAGUUACGUAACAACAAAUCUCAUUCGGGACUCUCACGCACAUGGUAAAUCUCUUAUCAAGCAAUCCCAGUUCAUCAAUGACAAUCGCCCCGCACAGUAUUUCGAUGAUCGUUACGAUUUACGCUACGACUAUUGGCGUGACAAACGAUUUGAUGAACGUUAAGAUAUACGCUACGACAACGACCGCGACAAACGAUUCAACGGACGGUACAGCAACUUCCACGACAAUCGUUUUGAUAAAAGCUACGAUAAUUGUCACUAUAACCGCAACUGUUUCGAUAAUCGCAACGAUAACUACUACGACGAUCGAUGAUACAAUAGCGGGUUCAACGUCCAUGGCAAUCGCCACGACUCUCAUUGUGAUUAUCAUCAAAUCCCUAAUCGACGGGAUGACUGCUAUAGAGGUGAUAACCGAACCAACUAUCCCCGUCGUGGUCAGCACAGACACAACCCUCAAAAUAUUAAUGGUUUUCCGAAAUAUUCGCCAAGGCCCAACCAGUACAAAAAUGACAAGGUGUCGUUGAAUGAUGAUCUUCUGAUUACAAAGAUCGUGAUUGUCAAUUGAAUACGAACCAUGCUAUGAACAUCGAAGUAAUUGAUGAUGACGAUGACUCAAACACAGACCAUAAAGAAUAUAAUCUGCAGAAUUUGGAAGUGUACAAUAUGGGGGUCAAGGAUACCACAUAUUACGCGUACAACGUGGCAGUGAGCAUCAACAACAUACCCAAGUUGAUGCAAGUUGACACCGGUACCAGGUACAGUAUACUUCCGAAGCUGACAGCUAAAACUGUAGGCAUAACCACGAUACAUAAGACGGACAUGAGACUCACUGGUUAUGACGGCAGCGCUAUCAAGAUAUUAGGUCUUGCCAAUGUGAACGUUAAGUAUGAAGGAAACUCACAUACACUGGAGGCCAUUGUAGUGGAUUGUGAUAAGAUCCCCCUGCUAGGACGUAUGUGGCUCCACACCUUCAACAACAUUUUAAAACGUUCUUAGUUGGUAAUGUAGAGAAUGAUCUCUAGAAGAUAAUCUCGACAACAAAUAAAGACUUCGAAUCAACUUACACCUACAAACCCAAAAUGGUCAGACAAGAGAAAGUUCACUUGAGGUUUGAAAAGAAGACUGCACCAUGAACAUGGGUGGCGUAUUGUGUGGUGAUCAUGAAUGUUAAUGACGUUACCACUCAACUUAUCCAAGGAAAUCAUAAGCCGAAUUUCUUUGGAGGGUGGAAUGUUGAAUAUGUUGAUCGAUGUUAUUUUAUUAUUUAUUUGGCAAUUGAUUUAUUUUUUUUAUAUAUCAAUUUGUAUUUAAAUUUAA